ACAACUUAAAUGUUAAGAAGACGAGCAAAAUAAAACGUCAAAAUAUUGUGUAUACGAAAAUAACGAAAGUAAAAUGGAAACAAUUUAUAGUUUCUGAAAAAAAAUAAACUGAAUCAAGAACUUUUUAUUUUGAGAACAUUGUAGAGCUUUAAUCUGUAAUUUGUAUACUACAUUUCCUUUCCACCAGUGGAUUGGUCUGUUUAUCUCUGAAAAAUGUCUCAAAGUGCGGUGCCAGUACAACGACGUGGUGGAGCGGUUGAAGCUCCUAGAUUUGGUGAUCCUACAGAAUGGGAAGCUCGAGAAGCACAAAGGCAACGUGAAUUGGAUGAAGCACGCGCUCGUGCAGCUCAAAUGGAAAAGACGAUGAAAUGGUGGUCAGAUUGUACGGCUAAUUGGCGCGAAAAAUGGAGUAAGGUUCGAACAGAACGGAAUAAAGCAAGGGAAGAAUCUAAACAGUUACGCGCCAAUCUUGACAUAUCUAUGAAAGAAGCUAAUUCUUAUAAGCGGGAGAAAAAUGAUCUCGAGGUACAAAUUUCUCAACUUAAAAAAGAAAUGGAAAAGGUUCAUACGUUAAUGAUGAAACAUGCCGACCAGUUUCACAAAACAGGAAUGUGUGAUGCUUCUGAAGAUACUGAAGCAAAUGGACGUGAUACAAAUUGCUCACCAGAUAUUUCAUCUGAUGGCUUAAAAAAUGUGAACAGUGAAGAUGGAUUGGUUACUAAGGCGAUAUGUAAUGAUUUGAAAGACUUGGACAUUGAGGAAUUUGUUCUUAAAGGUGCUGUAACAAAAAAUGUUAACGAUAUGGAUGAAGUUUCAGCUGAAGAAAAGCGUUUAAUACAGCAAUUAUCAAAAGAUGAUUUUGACGAAGAAUAUUUGCUUCAAAAAAUCUCUAUGCUUCAAUUACGUUUAGAUGAAGCUCAAAAGACAGUACAAGCAGAAAGAGAGGAGAAAAAUAUUCUACAUAAAUCGAUCGAAAAGUUAACAUUGGAAAUACAAGAAGUUCGCGAUCGCCAGGAAGAGCUUCGCCUAGCUAAACAGGAAGCUGUUCGAGAAUUGCUGACACUACAGGAACAACACCGCGCUGAGAUGCGUAUAAUAAAUAAUUCGUUGCAAGAAGAAACUGCAUCACGAGAAAAUCUCGAGAGACGUUUAGCGGAACUUCGUACUGAGUUAGAACGUCUUCAGGCUGAAAAUGCAUCAGAGUGGGGUAAACGAGAACGACUCGAAACAGAAAAGCUUGCUUUGGAACGCGACAACAAAAAAUUGCGAGCUGAAGUACGCGACUAUCAAGAGCGCUCUGAUCGUAAAGGACGACCUAUGCAGGCGAAUGAUGUCGAAGUACGUGCACUACAACAGGAACUUGCCGACCGAAAUAAAGAAAUAAGCGAGAUUAAAUUAUCGCAUUCCAAAUUGAAGAAACUCUUAGCCGAAACAAAUACAGAGUUAGGGCAUGCUGUUCGUAGAGCAGAGCAGUACGAAGCGGAAGUGAAGCGGCUUCGACAGCGGGUGGAAGAAUUGAAGCGUGAAUUAGCCAGUGCUGAGGACGAGUUGGACUCGGCUGUAAAUCAAGUGCGCCGCUUACAACGGACCAAUGAUGAAUUGGUUGGGCAAACUGAAGGACUGCAAGUGCAAAUUCAACAUUUACAAACCAGACGAGCACCUAGUCCUCAAAUGCGCACCGUGGGCGGUGUACAGUUGCGCAACAAGAUCGCCGUGGAAAUUCCUAGUGAAUGCUUGCCCAAUAUCAAUGAUCUACGUCAAAUUUUCGAUGAUCAACCUGUGGGUAAUCGUCACAGCCAUAAUGCUGCUAGUAGCUUACCAAAUGGUGGUAGUGCUGAAGCGGCUAUGCCGAAACGCUCAAGUCAUACCGAACGUACUUUGAUGCAGCAGACAAGCACAUUUUUCGAUGCGAAACCAUCGCAUUUGGAAGAAAAUAUUUUUGAGUCGAAAUCGCGGAACUUGGAAUUUGAGCGGGCCAAACAAAAGUUUGAUAAUCCAUCCCAUCUACAGCACCAACAUCAUCACCACCAGCGCGAUCAGCGUGAGCGCUCUUCGGGUAGGUUUAUUGGGAGUAGCCAACAACAACAGCAACAGAUUAUUGCAAAUCGCUCUAAUCUGGCACUGCCAUUAAAAACGACCAACACCUCGGGUUUAGGCAUGAGCAUUAGUGGCAGUGGCAGUGGCGGUGGCAGUGGGAGUGCCAGUUUCAAUUCCAAUGCGAACACAAAUUCGAACCCUAAUUCGUGUAAAGAUGAUGUAAAUCGCCAAUUAUUUAUGGAGGAUCAUUCGCAUUCCUCCAUGACUGGUGGUGCUGGUGGUGGUAACGUUGGUGAAGCAGUUGUGGUUGGAAUUGGUGGUACUGCUAGGGCCACCAGCACUAAUCCAUGUGCUGGCGGCAGUUAUUCAAGGAACAGUAUUAAUUUAGAUGGCCUUAAAGUGUCCGACGACGAGACUCCGUAAUUACGGUUCGACGAGCCUGUUGCUGGAUGACGAAACUGAAGAAAUCAGUGACGAAGGAGUUUAACUUAAUUAAUUAAUAGUCUGCACUUAAAAAUAUAUAUGCGUAUAUACAUGUAUGCAGGCUUUUCCAAUUAGCAGGAUGAAAGUAUUCCAUUAUUGAGAUAGUUGAUGUAUUAUACUACUUUACUAUAACUUUUCGAAUAUACUUUUAUGCAACGACAUAGCAAUUCAUAGCAAUUAAUAGAGCUCAUUUGUAUAUUUCAUGCACAUUCGUAUUAUUAGCCGCAUAC